AUGUCGACAAUCCUGUCAACCAAGGAGCGUGAGGUGCAGACCCUGCUGCGCCAGAAGGAUGCCGAGCUAAAGCAGGCCAACGCUGAGCUGGAGGAGCGCGGCAAGCUGCUCUACAAAACCAAGGUGGCCAUCGAGCAGCUCCAGGCGGAGCUCACCGCCAGCCGCAAAGAAGAGCAGGCAAUCCGGGACGAGGCGCAGAGGAUAUGCGAUGACCAAGCCGCCGAGCUGCGGCGUGCUGAAGAGCAGCUGCAGCAGAUGGAGGCGGCCGUGAUGUCGCGCAACCAGACGGUGGCGUCAGUGCAGGCACGCGUGUCCGAGCUGGAAGCAGAACUGGAGAGCACACGCCACGAGCAGCGCACGUUUGGCAGUGUGUUUGCGGCAAAGGAGCGUGACCAGGCUCGCAGGAUGGAGUCAAUGUCUGACGAGGUGGAGCACCAGAAGGAGAAGGUGGCUGAGCUGGAGCGGCUGCUAAAGGAGCGCAGCACUGCGCUGAGCGAGCAGAAGGAGCGGGUGUCUACCCUGCAGCAGGAGCGUGAGGAGGCGGAGCGGUUGGGGCGUGACCUGGAGGCGCGCAGCAGGAAGCUGCUGGAAGACAAGGCGGUACGCCUGGAGCGGGAGGGCGCCUCGUGGGACGUUCGUGCAGCACUCUAUCACCUGCAUGCCCAUGCCGUCAUGGACCCAGGUGUCGAAUGA